GAGAAAGGAAAACACAAGCAGCACUGCUUCACCACUCAUGAAGCUUUACCCGUGCAGUUGUGGUCUAGGGGCUUGAAUCCAGUUUCUUGCGCAUGGUAACGUGCGCUCAGUCAUGUGCACCAUGACCCGGUUCCCCCUGAAUGUGCUUCUAAGGAGGAAAUCUCUAAAGGGAUAUCCUUAGAUGAGGUGAUAGCAAGUGGGAAGCAAGAUGGGGUUUCCCAUUCUUGGGGGCUUUUGCUCAUUGAAUGGGGAGUCCCCUUGCCCCUUCUCCCUUUUAGGUUCCCUGAAAGUCUCUUGACAGCUCUUGCCAACUACAUUUGGCUGACUGUCCUUUGAGUAGUCUCUGACUCCCUUGAUCAUCAAUGAGCAAGCCACACCAAGGGUUAAUCUGAGUCACAGGCACAUGAUGUAGAGCUGGGGGUGAGGGGGCUCCACUCCACUCAGUGAUGAUGUAACUUGGGAGACCCCUGUACCUUUCCUUCUACACUUGGGGUUUCUCCCUUGUGGCUUACCCGUUAUUCCAUAGGCUCAGGGAUCGUGUACUUCUCUGUAUAUUUACCAGGGAUCGCUGUGUUUAUGUGCCCAGAACAAGUGUUUGAUGAGUCCCUGGGUGUGGUGGUGUGAGGAGCUAGAAAGCUCAGAAAUGGAAAAUAUUUUACUUUCAGGGUAGCAAAUGAUACAGCUUGCCGAUUUGCAUUUUCCUUUUCACUCUGACUCAUCUGCUCCUCUCCCCACCCUAUUAUUGCCCCUCCACCAACCCCACCCAUUGGCACACCCAGUUUUAGGAAGGGUUAACAUCUGCCUGCACCAAAGCUAGAACGAAAUGUAGAGGAAAGACAUGCUAAGUCUGAAAGGAGAAGGCUGGUCUGAAUUUUUGAGUCACUCAUAAUGGGAAUCAUCAGGCAUAUAUGACAGACACAUAAAUGAUCUCUCAAACAUUACUGAAUGAAUGAAAAACCUGUCACAGGAUGAGGGAUGCAAUAAUAAGAGUAGAAAAAGGAAUUUCAGUCUCUUCAGACCUCAUCCUUUCCUCCAGGUUAAAGAAUGCUAGCAUGUGAAAAGAGGGGAAAUCUCUGGGGACAGUGACCCCUUGGCAGGAAGUGAAACUCCGGAGUCCUGAUUUCAGAGAAAUGUCAUUUGUCAUCAGCUCAAGAAAAGGAGUUUUUCUUUUCGAAGACCACCGCAAGCUCUUCCUGGGGUUGCCCCCAUCAGAGAUUGAUGGGAGGAUGUGAGUCAUGCACACCCAGUUCCCAGUGGUGGCCCAGAUGACAGGGGUCAUUCCCAGUGAGCAGUUAAAGUUUUUUAGUACCAAUUCAGAAUGUUGCCUUCUUUUUUACUUUUGAGGUAUUAGAAACAGCAUCCAGCUGCUAGAACUUUACUGACAUUUCAAAGAAAUAGAACUAGUAUUUUGUUUAUUUUUGCUGCCAGGGCUUUACAUGCAUUCUACUGCUCCCUGUGGACUUUGUUUUUCAAAAUAGUGAAAGACAUAAAGAGGAGACACACCUCAGGACUGCAUCACUGCUUGUGAAGUUUCCCCUUUGCAUAAUGCUCCCUUAUGGUGGCCAGGGUCUCAACUUGGGUCCUCACACAUGGUAAAGUGUGCGCUUGGUGAGUUAUUUCCUAACUCCCUAGUGUUACUGGAAUGGCACCAUGGACAGACAAGCCCCUUUCACAUUCAAGUCAUCUUCACCAUUACUUCCAAAUGAGUUAAGCAGACUGUACCUACUUUAUGAUGAGAUAAAUGAAGCACAGAGAGGUGACUGGCCCAAGGUGACUCAACUAGUAAUGGCAGAAAUGAGACUCACAAGCAGGUCUUGAUUAUUCCAAAGUUUUUGUUGCCUCAAACACACUUCCUUGACUCUAGAAGUUCAUAAAUGAAAUGAGACUAUAGCUUAGACUAGUGCAGAAUGCUUAGGUCCUGGAGGGAUGAAGCAAAGCCAAGGGUAUGAAACCACACCCCAUCUGAGCACUAUAGCAGACCGGUACUUGAGACAUCCAAUAGACGACUGUGAGGUCAGGGGCGGGGCUAGUCCCAGGGUGGGGGCCAGGAGCCCCAACAGCAGUUGAGAGCAUGUGGUGUCCAGGAGGAGGCUACAGCCGGUGAGUAGUUGCUUCUCCCCAGCUGAGAUUUUUCCUCCCCUUGCAUCCCUUUCUAUCCAUUUCCUGACAGCCUAUAGCCCUCCUUUAGUUAUCCAAGCAGAAAUCCUCCCUCCCACAAAGGAUCCUCACAGCGAGCCCACACCUAGAAGUCUACUUGCUGGUCACAGAGACACUUAAGUCUGUCUUCCUUUAUCUGAGUUCCCAGUACUCUUCUUAAAAGCUAAUAUGGUGGUUUUGAUGCAUGAUAAACUUCUGCCUUGUUGGAUUCUGUUGUUCUGUUCUUCACUUUUUUUAAAAUUAAUUUUCCCUCUUGUUGCCCUUGUUUUUUAUUGUUGUUGUAGUUGUUAUUGAUGUCAUUGUUGUUGGAUAGGACAGACAGAAGUGGAGAGAGAAAGGGAAGACAGAGACGGGGAGAGAAAGAUAAGACACCUGCAGACCUGCUUCACCGCCUGUGAAGCAACUCCCGUGCAGGUGGGAAGCCAGGGGCUCAAACCCGGAUCCUUUAGCUGGUCCUUGUGCUUUGCGCCACCUGCGCUUAACCGGCUGUGCUACCACCCGACUCCCUGUUCUUCACUUUUGAGUUAAGCAAAAUCAAACCAUCUCCUUCCUUACCCUGGUCUCCAGAGGAAAUAGUCCCCCUCUCUACAGCUCCCAUUUCCCUUUGUGGUAUUUCCUCCCAAGCUGAAAACCUGCUCCCAAACCUCAUCCUUGAGUUGGGAACCUUUUCUUGUAGUGCCUCUGCACCUGGCUUUCUUAUCUUCACUGAGUGGAAGUGUUUGGUCUCUUCUAGUUCCUUUUCUGAGGGUGUGUUUUAGGCUUUACCUUCAAAAACGUGAUGAAUUAAAGCCUUGCAGCCUGCCUUUCCUCCUCCAUCUCGCUGCCAUUUUAGUCUCUCUGAACCCUUAGCUCCAUGGUGGGCUUUGUGGGAAACAGCAGUUUUUAAAUUCUCCCAUAAAGUUGUGCUUUGCUCCACCCCUGCUAAGAUGACUGACUGGCUUUUGUGAUGAUCUUUUGAUGGGGAUAAGGAAAGCCUGAUCUGUUCAGAUGUGUUUUCCUGCAGAGGGAUUUGGAGAAACAGAAUUAUCAGCAUUUACAUUUUUUAAAGUCAGAGAUCAUCAGCUGGUGGGGGUGGGGAGGGCUAACUAUAAUAUCAAUGCCACUAUUUGACAGAGUUAACUGCCUAGUCUUUAAUAUGCAAAUCCCAAAAUUGGUCUAAUUACCAUUCUACCACCACCACUACCCCACUCUGGCCCCUUAUGAUUUUGGAUAAGCUCAAGUUCUCUUGGGUGAGUUUUAUUUGCUCCAUUUAGGAUAGAGUUCUGAUCUAGAACUAGUCACUCACUUACUCUCCCCUCAUCUCCACAGGCUUGAGAAUAUGCUGGCCCUUCCUUCCCUUUCCACCACGGACCCUACACUGUGACUUUUCAUUCAAAACCUCUGAGAGUGGUAUCCUGGCAAGACACAAUGCCUCUCUCCCCGAUAAGACUCCCUAGCCCCUAUGGCUCUGAUCGGCUGGUACGCCUGGCAGCCAGGCUCCGACCAGCACUAUGUGACACCCUGAUCACUGUGGGGAGCCAGGAGUUCCCUGCCCACAGCCUGGUGCUAGCAGGUGUGAGCCAGCAGCUGGGCCGUCGGGGCCACUGGUCUCUGACAAAAGGCAUCAGCCCUUCCACCUUUGCCCAGCUUCUGUACUUCAUUUAUGGGGAGAGUAUAGAGCUGCAGCCUGGGGAACUGGGGCCCCUUGAGGAGGCAGCCAGUGCUUUGGGAGUACAGUCCCUAGAAGAGGCAUGUAGGAGAGCUCGAAGGGACACAGUGAGAGAAGCACUAGGUCCAGGGCUAAAGGAACACCAGGUGGAGUCAGAGAAACUCAAAAAAGACUCUGAAAGAGGAGUUGGGGGACUUAGAGAGAAGCAGAGAUCAGAGCUUGUUAGAGCUGGUGGGAGCGAAAAUGAGAGUUUGCCUAAGUACAUGCCACUAAAGAAGAGCCCUGAAAUGCUAGAAGCAAUUCAGGACAGUCAGGGAGAGCAGAUGAGAUCAAAGAGGAAACUUAACCAGUUUUCUGUUGACGGCAGGAGAGUAGAUGGGAAGCAAGAAGUGAUCAUGUGUUUGAGGGACAGAUCAGGGAGCGCUGAGGAGAGUCUUCAGGAGUUCGCUGGCUCCUUCCUCCCACCAGGUUCAGUCCAAACCAGUAGCACCUCUAGGCCUUGGUGGGCUGAAGCCCCUUGCUUAGGGGAAGGUCAGCCUACCCUAUGGAGCAUCUUGUUGUUACCACCCAGAUAUGGCACCCCCUUCUCCCAUAGCACCCCCAUCACUGGAGCCUGGCAGGUCUGGCCUUGGGACCAAAGGAUCCCACCACCCUUGAACCCCCACAAAGGGUCCUGGAGUCAGAACCAAUUGACAUCCUCUAGUGCCACCCCAGCUUCCCUUCCCCAGCCCCCUUCACAGUCCAGCCCUGGGGAGAUGCAAGAGUCUGACCAGAGGCACACAGCUGCACUUGCAACCUGUGUGGGUCAUGUGGGCACAGCAGGUCAUCCAUCUCACCAACACUCAUCUCUGCCCCCUCCUGCUCGGCCUCGGCCCUAUUCUUGUUCUAUCUGUGGAAAGAGAUUUUCACUCAAGCAUCAGAUGGAGACACACUACCGAGUGCACACAGGAGAGAAGCCCUUCUCCUGUAGCCUCUGUCCCCAGCGCUCCCGGGACUUCUCAGCCAUGACCAAGCACCUGCGGACGCACGGGGCUGCACCCUACCGCUGCCCUCUGUGCGGGGCCGGCCGACCCAGCCUGUCCUCCAUGCAAGCCCACAUGCGCGGCCACUCCCCCAGCCGGCUCCCACCGGGAUGGACCAUUCGCUCCACCUUCCUCUACUCCUCCUCGAGACCAGACAGGGCGUCGACUUCUCCCUGUAGUUCCUCUCCCUCCGCCACCUGACCAUGUGGGCUUCUUUGGCCACGGCCAAGAGUUCAGUUAAGGAAAGACCGGCGAACUGGCCGCGCCGUGGCUACGCAGUUUAGCAAACUCCGCGCCUAGCGCUGCGGCUGGGAAAGCCUUUUCCCACUUGACGCCGGGCGGCGAGAAGCCUCCUGGGUCGGCGUGGCCGUGUGGGCUGAGGGCAGUGAUGUUUACACGAGUGAAGGCUGCUGUCUGUGAGGGAUUGGGGAAUUGCAUCACCAAAAUAAAGUUUCCAGUGCUUCCUCUCAGCUCAUGAAAA